GAAUGCGACGGAGCGGCCCAUUGGAUACUUUUAGAUCAACCCACCGUCGCCAUCCUCCCCCGCUGCUUGUACCAACCCCAUCCGACUUGCUCCCAACUCCGCAAAGCCAUCGGAAUGAGCUACCAGCAAGUUCCUCCUCAAGAAGCCUACCCACCGCCAGGGUACUCGCCGCCUUACCCUCCACCGUACGGAGCUCCUCCACCGUACCCUCCGCCUUCCUCUCCACCCGGCGGUUACCCUCCACCCGGCGGCUAUCCUCCACCGCGCCCUCCUGGGUACCAGGGGUACUUCUAUGAGGACUACGCUCCCCCUCCGCCUCCUCCGCCUCCACCAUCCCAUCCCUACUACCACAGCCAUGAUGAUGCCGGCCUCUCUUUCUUAAAAGGAUGCCUGGCUGCCCUUUGCUGCUGCUGUGUACUGGAAGAGUGCUGCUUCUGAAAAGACUAUUAUCAAUCGACAGUCAGCUCCAUUAUCUCAACUUUGCCGUCAUUGCUCUUGGUGAAUACUAGUGAUCGAAAACUCUAAAGCUUAAUACCGCUCCGAAGACCUAUCCCUUGGUUUACAGUGUUGCUUGCUUCCUAUUGUAUUAUGGCCCUCUUGUUUGUUAAUUACAGCUUUAACAGAAAUAAUAUCUAGAAUUUGAUAUGUUAAAGGCGAAAACUGCAACUUGUGCAAUGAAUAUAAAAGUUUGUGUAUGGUCUCUUUGGUUA